AUGCGGCGUACAUUCGCAGCCCUUGUAGCGGGCUACCUGCUGGAAUCGGUCCACGCUGCCGCAUCGCAGGCAUAUACCUGGAAGAAUGUGGUCACAGGGGGUGGCGGAGGCUUCACGCCGGGUAUCGUCUUCAACCCUUCAGCUAAAGGUGUCGCGUAUGCUCGCACCGACAUCGGCGGUGCAUAUCGGUUGAACUCGGACGAUACAUGGACCCCGUUGAUGGACUGGGCCAACAACUCUAACUGGCACGACUGGGGCAUUGAUGCGAUCGCGACCGACCCCGUCGAUACCGAUCGGGUGUAUGUUGCAGUUGGCAUGUACACCAACGACUGGGAUCCCAAUGACGGCUCCAUCCUGCGGUCGACCGACCAGGGCGAUACCUGGGAAGAGACAAAGCUUCCCUUCAAGGUUGGAGGGAAUAUGCCCGGUCGGGGAGUUGGCGAACGUCUGGCUGUGGAUCCGAAUGACAACAGCAUCUUGUACUUUGGUGCCCGGAGUGGCAAUGGCUUGUGGAAAAGCACCGACUACGGCGAGACAUGGUCCAAUGUGACUGCCUUCAAGUGGACCGGCACUUAUUUCCAAGAUUCCAGCUCGACCUACACGUCUGAUCCGGUGGGAAUUGCCUGGGUCACCUUCGACUCGACCUCAGGGUCCAGUGGUUCUCCGACUCCGCGCAUCUUUGUCGGUGUGGUGGACACUGGAGAAUCCGUCUUUGUGUCGGAAGAUGCUGGCGAAACUUGGGCUUGGGUAUCUGGAGAGCCCAUGUACGGCUUCCUCCCCCAUAAAGGCAUUCUGUCGCCUUCUGAGCACACACUCUACAUUUCCUACUCCAACGGCGCCGGUCCAUACGAUGGCACCAAUGGCACCGUCCAUAAAUACAACAUCACCAGCGGUACCUGGACCGAUAUCAGUCCCACCUCCAUGACAGACACCUACUAUGGCUAUGGCGGACUGGCAGUCGAUCUCCAAGUUCCCGGAACCGUCAUGGUAGCAGCUCUCAACUGCUGGUGGCCUGACGAGCUGAUCUGGCGCAGCACGGAUUCUGGAGCCACCUGGUCACCCAUCUGGGCUUGGAACGGCUAUCCCAGCAUCAACUACUACUACUCGUAUGACAUCUCCAACGCCCCAUGGCUACAAGACGACACCUCUACAGACGAGUUCCCUGUUCGCGUCGGCUGGAUGGUCGAAGCCCUCGCCAUCGACCCCUUCGACUCUAACCACUGGCUUUACGGCACUGGCGAGACCAUCUACGGCGGCCACGACCUUCAAAAAUGGGACAGCGAACACAACGUAACUAUCGAAUCUCUUGCCGUAGGCAUCGAAGAAAUGGCUGUCCUGGGUCUCAUCACUCCCCCAGGCGGGCCUGCCCUUCUCUCUGCGGUCGGCGACGAUGGCGGCUUCUACCACACUUCCCUGACCACCGCCCCAUCACAAUACUACCACACCCCGACCUACAGUUCAACAAACGGUAUCGACUACGCCGGCAACAAGCCCGCCAAUAUCGUCCGCUCUGGAUCCAGCGACUCCGAUCCUACUCUCGCUUUAUCCUCCAGUUUCGGCGAAUCCUGGUACGCCGACUACGCUGCUUCUUCCUCCACUGCGACCGGCCAAGUCGCCCUCUCAGCCGAUGCAGACACCAUCCUCCUCAUGAACAGCGACGGUGCCUAUCGCUCCGCAAACUCGGCUACUCUUAGCGCAGUCUCCUCUCUGCCCUCUGGGGCUGUCAUCGCCUCCGACAAAGCUAACAACACCUACUUCUACGGAGCCUCCGGCUCUUCCUUCUAUCUUUCAUCCGACACCGCCGCGACCUUCACUGUCACCACCACCCUCGGCAGUAGCACAACCGCCAACGCCAUCCGCGCGCACCCCUCUCUUGCAGGCGACGUCUGGGUCAGUACAGACACAGGCCUCUUCCACUCAACUAACUACGGCAAGUCCUUCACCCAGAUUGGAAGCGGAUGCACAGAGGGGUGGAGUUUCGGAUUCGGAAAGCCCUCUUCGGACGGCGAUUACCCGGUCCUAUUUGGAUUCUUUACCGUCGAUGGUGUUACCGGUCUCUUCAAAACCGAAGAUCAGGGUGUUAAUUGGCAGAUAAUUUCCGACGCCGAGCACGGGUUCGGGGCUGCUUCGGCGAAUGUAGUCAAUGGGGAUCUUCAGAACUAUGGCAGGGUGUUUGUUGGGACAAAUGGGCGAGGAAUCUUCUAUGGUGAUCCGAGUGGAACUCUGCCGAGCGCGACUGCUACUGCGUCUAGUGCUUCGUCGACAGCGGUGAAGAGUUCGACUUCGACUUCAACAUCCAAGGUAGGUUCGAGCACAACUGUUUCUUCGAGUACGGCUACAACUAUCACUACGAGCAGUAUUAAGUCGACCACUUUGACGACGACUACGAAGUCGAGUAGUUCGACUACUUCGACAUCAUCCACUGCUACUGGGACGGCCUCGGCGUAUGGGCAGUGCGGUGGCAGCGGGUUUACGGGACCGACGCAGUGUCCGAGUGGGUGGACAUGCACGUAUGAGAAUGAGUAUUAUUCGCAGUGGACUGAUAUUUGCAGGUCUGGAGGGAUGAGUGAGAGUAGGGCGGUUUGA